UGAUACUAAUUACUCUGCGUUUUCUAUCUUUCUAUCUUUGAGCUCAGCUUAAGUACCUACGCUUUGGGUAUAGUUUUAGAUCCCUGCGUUCCUGCAAGGAUAGUGACAGAUGACACCACGAUGACACCCACAUUGAUUUAUUGAUAUGGACAAAAUAUGACAUUAAAAUAUUGAACCUUGAAGUGUCAAGUAACACUCAAGUAAAUUUUGAAGGAGUUUUCUGUUAAUAAAGUAACAAUUACAUUUUAAAUUUUACAUGUCUGCUCGUCUAAAUGCAUUUCGCGGAUUCGAGAACUUCGUGUUUGGAUAGAUAACUGUUAGUACAAAUAAAUAACAACUAUUGCGAUGUACAAUUAUGCACGCUAAUUCUAAUUUAAUAAUUAUGAAUUGAGUGUGAUCAAAAUUUCGCCUUAUAAGAAAGUUCUCCAUGUUGCUUUGAACAGCAGAUAAAAAACAAAAGUUAAAAAUAAAAAUGGUAGUCCCAAGUCCGUUUGUUUAUUGGGCCCAAACACCUAAAGUUGUUUCCCUAAAAAUUGAUUUGCGGAAUGCCGAAGAUCCCGACAUAGAAGUGGUUGAAAACAAAAUAAAGCUCGCAGCUCAAGGGGUGGGUGCGCACGGGAUAUGUAAAUAUGAAUUCAGUUUGGAUCUUUACUCUCAAAUAAAACCGGAUAAAGAUGGUGAACAAAAUACCACAGUUAAAGUGUACGAAAAUAGGAUUGAAGUGUUGCUUCAAAAGGAGGAGCAGGUUUGGUGGCCAAGGCUCACCGCACAACCACAGAAACCAGCAUGGCUAAAGAUAAACUUUGAUCUAUGGAAAACGGAAGAUGACCUCGAAGGCGGUAGUGAAGAAGAAACGCGGGAUGUGAUGAAAGACUAUCCCGGGAUGUACGACCAAUUGCACAAGGAGGAGUUAGGAUAUAGGAAAGAAAUGACUCCGGCAAUUCCAGAGGACUACAAGAAGGUGUACCUCAUUAUAUACAACCUGUUUCAAUUCAUCGGUUUCACUUACGUCAUAUGCGUGAUGUGCGUGCGAUACGCGAAGCUGGAGUACGACUCUGUGGCGGACACGUACGAGCAUGUCGGCUCCGCCAUGAAGUUCCUGCAGCUCAUGAUGUUCCUGGAGGUUAUGCACCCGAUAUUCGGGUAUACUAAGGGUAGUCCGUUAGUGGCGUUCAUGCAAAUAGGCGGCCGCGCGUUCGUCCUGUUCGCCAUGAUCGAGUCGGAGCCGCGGAUGCAGAGCAAGCCGGUGGUGUUCUACCUCUUCGCUAUGUGGAGCCUCAUCGAGGUGGUCAGAUAUCCGUUCUACAUAGCGCAACUGUACAACAAAAACUUCUACAUCCUGACGUGGCUUCGUUAUUCCAUGUGGAUCCCCCUGUACCCAUUAGGCAUUCUCUGCGAGGCUAUUGUCAUCCUGCGAAACCUACCGUACUUCGAGGAGACCGGCCGGUUCACUGUCUCAUUGCCAAAUGAGUGGAACUUUGCGUUCCACAUGCCUUCCUUCAUGAGGCUGUAUCUCUUGAUCUUGGCUUUCCCUGGAAUGUUCUUUGUGAUGAAACACAUGCACAAGCUGCGAACGGUGAAGCUCAAGCCGAAGAUUAUCAUCAAGAAAUGCAAGUAGGUGAAAAAAAAAAUUUUUUUUGUGUUUUUUUUUAGGAUCAGCCAUGUGCUCCGCUCAGUUUUGGAAUGUAGAAUUGUAAUUUGAUUUCAAUAUUCAUUGGUGUUCGUGUCGAUGUCUAUAAUAAACGCGGUGUGUCACGAAAAUAACUUAAGUUUUUUAGUUGUAAGUUACAAAGUUUAAACUGCAUCGCUGAAUGUGUGAAAUUAUGUUUAUGUUUGCUGAAUUUCAUCAAUAAUAUGUUAUUAUCAUUGGUUACCAACACACACAUAAUUUUAUUAAAGUACAUCUUAGUGUAGGUUAGCAAAUAAAACAAUUUCAUUUGCAUAUUCUAUGUUGAUAUACUCACAUGUAUGCUGGUUGCUUAUUUAUUCAUCAUAUUAUAUAUUUAUGUACUUAUCGAAAUAACAGUUUUUUUUAUUAUUGAAAAUACUAUUGUAUAUCCAGUCUUAACUUACUUUUGUGACACGACCAUUCUAGAAUAUCAAUAUUAUAUUAAAACACCACUAAGAAUUAAAAUUUUCUGCAAUUUAGACACAUAGAAAAAAGACAUGUUGUAAUUAUUGUAUACUGUAGAUGAAGUAUACUUUUGUUUUAAUAAAUUGACAAGCAUACU